AUGUCACCACAAAGUGGCAAAAAAAAACUUGUGACACUUAACGAUUUACAACGUCGGGCUCUUUGCGAAUUCCAUCGUGCUAACCCUUCCUUCAAGCAAGCAGACUUGGUUCGUUGGAUAAAAGAAAAGUUUGGGUUAGAUAUUCAUGUCUCCACAAUUUCCCGCACAUUGGCUCGCUCUUCUGAAGUUCUCUGUACUUCUACCAUCGUCACACCUGCUGUUAAACGCCAUCGCUCUGUCAAGUCUCCAAACCUCGAUUCAGCUCUUUUUGAAUGGAUACUGAUCUUUCAAGAGAAAGUAGUUCUUUCAGAUCAAAUUAUUAUUCAGAAGGCAAAGGAAAUUCACGCAAAACUUGCACCAGAAACGGAUAUCAGCUUUUCGUAUGGUUGGCUAACCCGUUUUAAGGAACGUCAUAAUAUAAGACUUCGUAGAAAGCAUGGUGAAGCCGGAUCUGUUGACCAGUCAACUGCUAGAAUAUCUCUACCGGGGAUUCAGCGAAUUAUUCAAAUGUACAAUCUUAAUAACGUUUUUAACUUCGAUGAAACUAGUUUAUUUUAUCGUCUCGAGCCUGACACUACCCUUGCCACGAAACGUCUACUCGGAAAAAAGAAAUCUAAAGAACGUAUAACAAUCGGUCUGUGCGCAAAUGCAACAGGAACGGAACGUCUCCCACCCAUCAUCAUCGGAAAAUCAAAAAAUCCACGCU